CGCGACACGUGGGAUCUUCCCGGACUGGGGCAUGAACCCGUGUCCCCUGCAUCGGCAGGCGGACUCUCAACCGCUGCGCCACCAGGGAAGCCCCACAUGGUGCACUUUUUGCUCUGUGGCCUUGAGUAAUUCUGACAGCUCACGGUUGCUAACGUGGUGUUUGUGUUAGACCCGUAAGCGGUGCAGGCCGGCUCCUGGAAGUGCCUGUGAGACCUUACUCGGGUCCCACCCCUCCCCUGGAGGCACAUGUAGCUGCGUGUUUCCCCUCCUAACGUCAGAGCAGCUGCUGUCCCCACAUCUGAGGCUGGAAGAAGCAGGGCAACUCGAUAAUGACUCUGGAAGAGACGCCUCCUACCUGAGAAAUGCGUGCGUUGGUCCAUCUCAAAGGAGAGCGCAGCACCUACGGGGGAAGUUUCUUGCUGGUCCAGCUCAGCAAUUGAUAAUGGUUGUAAACACUAAGAUUACUAUUUCAUAUCAGUCUCGAAGUGAAGAAUGUUCCUUUGAUAAGGAAGGGCCCAGGGCACAUGGCUUCAUCGGUCCCCACAGCUCAGAGUCGAGCAGAGCCACUUAGAUGAGUUGGGAUGUGCUGACCUUCCCCGUGAGAACUGCCGAACGGAGCACCUCGAUGGCCUGGUUAUGAAAGACAUUUCACCGAAGACCAGUCUAUGAUUUGUGUGGUCGGUAGGCAACUUCCAAGAUGGCCCCCAGAAGAUCUCUGCCUCCUGGUUUCAUGCUUUUGUUUAGUUCCCUUCCCUUGAGAACUUUGUUACUUCCUUCUAAUGAGUAGAACAUGGCAGAAGUGAUGAUGUGAUUCUUCCAAGAAUAGAGCCGCAGCCUUGGCGUUUGAGGACCCGGUGUGCACUGGUGCUGCCACGACCUUGCGUAAGUCGUUGAACUGUCCACUGUGAGCCUCAGAUUUUCAUCUGAAGAAUGUGAGCCUUGUUCUCCCAGGGCCGUGGUGAGGAUUACAGGGGGGGUUUAUGUGGAUACGUCUGACACUUGAUAAGGGCUAGGUGCUCCUUUAUGGCAUUGAGGCUGGCUCUGGGGGACCCACCUGCAGGAUGGAGAGAGCGUGCUGGCGCGGCCACCGGACUGCUCUGGAAACACUGCAUGUAGGAGCCCUGUUUUCAUGCCCCCUUCACUCCCCCAUCACCCCGUCACGUGCUGGACAGGUGGCCUCUCCCUCAGCGACAGGUCCCUCGAGAAUGUUCUGGACUCCUCCCCUCUGCCGCCCAGCCACCCUCUGCCUUCUGUUUUCUCUCCUCCAGAAUCGUGUUGACACCUCCCCUUGCUGAUACUCCCUCCAGAUCUUUUUGAUGUUAUGGGGUUUUAUCUUUUUCUUCCUUUACCAUAUUUUAAGGGGGCCUUGACAUGGUGCAAAGACAGACACGUGACCACUCUCCCCUCUUGGCCUGGGAGGCUGCUUCUGCUCCUGCAGACCCCCAGCCCUGUGGAGGGACCGCAUGGGUCUGGGGUCUGGUUAAGCUGGCUGCCACACACCCCAGCAUCCCAUGAGCCCUCCUGGUGUCCCUUCCUCUUGUACAGUUGUCUCUGAAACCAGGUGAAAGGCCAAGCACCUACUAGUGUAGAUGACCCUGUGGCGAAGGGCUGUGCGUCCUUACUGUUGUUAGAUUCCUUGGGAAAGUCUGGGCUAUAAGAGCAAUUAGAUGCUUUCAAGAUUGCCUGGGGGAGAAAAAGGGCAGCGUGUUCUGGAGGCCCACGGGUCACCAGGAGACCUAGAGCUGCCAUGUUCAGUGGUAAAAGCUUAACUUGGAGACACUUUCUGCUCUCCUGCUGCUCCAGGAGCCAGCUGUCCCCUCCUUGGGCCAAAAUUCACCCCCAGGCUGAGCUGUGCUUUCUUCCCCAGCUGUCCUCGGCCCUCAUCUGGCACGAAGCUGGUUUGCAGCCCUGGGCUCCCCACACGGAAGGAUGAGGGGAGAACGUGACUGAGGUCGGCACCUUCAUGCUGGUGGGCUUCCUCACGGCCCCGGCUGCCUCCCUCUUCGUGCUGGUGGAGAACCUGGCCGUCAUCCUCACCAUCUGGGGCAGCUCCUCCCUCCACAGGCCCAUGCACUACUUUCCGGGCAUCCUGUCGUCCCUGGAGAUCUGGUACGUUUCUGACACCAUCCCUAAGAUGCUGGACGGCUUCCUCAUGCAGCGGGGACGCAUCUCCUUCGUUGGCUGCAUGACUCAGCUCUACGUCUUCAGCUUCCUGGUGUGCACCGGGCGUGUGCUCCUGGCCUCCAUGGCCUGCGACGGCUACCAAGCCAUCAUAACCAUGGGGCUGUGCGUCCAGCUGGUGGCCUUCGCCUUCGUGAGUGGCUUCACCAUCUCUGUGAUCAAGGUCUCCUCUAUCUCCAGCACCAUGUUCUGUGGCUCCAAUGUCCUGAAGCACAUCUUCUGUGACAUCUCCCCCAUCCCCAAGCUGGCCUGCAUGGACUUCUCGACCACCGAGCUGGUCGGCUUCGUCCUGACCUUCAGCAUCCUGGUGUUCCCGCUCGUGGCCACCAUGCUUUCCUAUGGACACAUCACCCUAGCCGUCCCGCGCGUCCCCUCGGACGGCCGUCGGCGAGCCUUCUCCACCCGCGCCUCCCACACGGUCACCACCUUCUACAUGGCCUUGAUAUUCAUGUACGUCUGGCCCCAGGCCAUGGAUUCCCGGAGCUCCAACAAGCUCAUCUCUGCUGUUUACACUGUCCUCCCCCCAGUCAUCAACCCCUUGAUCUACUGUCUGAGGAACAAAGAAUUCAAGGAUGCUCUGAAAAAGGCUCUGGACUUAGGUCAACUUUCACAGUAGCACAGUUAAAUGUCCUGUAGUCUAAUCUGUGGUGAUAAUAAAAACAACACCUUAUAGGACACUUUACUUUCUUUAAUAGUGACAAUUUAUGUAAUUAAUUAGUUUAUUUCUGGCUGUGCCACGCAGCUUGCAGGAUGUUAGUUCCCCCACCAGGAAUCGAACCCGCACCCUCAGCAGUGAAAGUGCAGAGU